AUGUCCAACCCUUUCCAGCAGCUAAAUCAGCAUCAUGCGAUACCACAGACUGCGCAUUAUCAAUCACAAUCGACACACAUACCCAACACGUUCAACUCACAGCAAAGCUUCGGAUCGAAUGCGCUGAAUGGAGGCAUCUCCGCCUUCCAGCCCGCUUCCGCGUACGGAGGCAGCGCAUUCAGCACAGGCGCAGCAGGCGCGACCUUCAACGGCGGCAUGCUCAGCGGGCAAGGCCAGGGACUCGCCUCCGUGGCUGCUCAGCAAGGCUUCGCACGUGGCGCAGCCAUGCAAGAGCACACUCACCAGGCGGAAGCAGCCGCGAGCAUGGGCUUGAGAGGCGGAGCGCCUGGCAGAAUACGCGAAGUAUGGAAGCAGAACCUCGAGCAAGAGUUUGCUGUCCUGCGCCAAUUGGUCUUGAAAUACCCUUACGUCUCCAUGGAUGCCGAGUUUCCAGGUAUCGUAGCGCGACCAAUUGGUAAUUUCGCUGGCAGUAAGGCUGAGUAUCACUACCAAACGCUCCGGUGCAAUGUGGAUAUCCUCAAGCCCAUUCAGGUCGGCAUCACGUUGUGGAAUGCCGACGGCGAGCUACCACCCCAACAAUCUGAUCAUGCGCUGCUGAACGAGCUUGGCCGAUCGAAGCCUGCUUUCCAGCCCAACAUCAUGUUCCUGCCAUGCACGUGGGUCUUCAAUUUCCAGUUCGACCUUAACGAAGACAUGUACGCCGAGUCUUCGAUUGAGCUCCUACGCAAUGCUGGUGUAGACUUCCAGCGGCAUCAAGACCAUGGCAUCCAGCCUGAAGCUUUCGGUAGCCUACUCACAACCAGCGGUCUGGCCUUUACCGAAGACGUCAACUGGCUUAGUUUCCAUAGUGGAUAUGACUUUGGCUACCUCAUCAAAUUGCUAUCAAACGACGCGCUUCCGGCCAAGCAGACGCAGUUCUUCGAACAAGUACGCAUCUUCUUUCCGCGAUUGUGGGACAUCAAGUUCCUCCUCCGACACGCGCAGCGCUUACGCUCACAAGGCCGACUUGGAGUCGAGGGCUCUCGCGUGAUUGAGAAUCUUGGCCAGAAAUCCGGCCUGCAGGACAUCGCGGAUGAGCUUGGCUGUCAGCGCGUCGGUGCUCCACACACGAGCGGCAGCGAUGCUUGGUUGACGGGUCAGGUCUUCUGGGCAAUGAAGAAUCGCAUCUUCAGCGGCCACCUAGACGAGGAUCUGGCGGAUCAGAUCUACGGGUUGCACGGCGUCGGCGCGCCGGCGUCACAACAGUACCGUGAUGAAUUCUUUGCCGCUCAAGGUACGCCACAGCAGCAACCAAAUGGACUGGGUGGCGGUAUGAGCGCUCUGCAGGGUGGUGCGCAAGGGUAUACGCCGAAUAACCCGUCCACGCCGACAACUUCGCAUGCCGGCCUUAAUUCGCAGACGCCAGGCCCGGGUAACCUUGGCCACUAUGGGGCGCAUGGAAUCACUCAAGGUCCGUUUGGCACGACGUACAAUUAUGGCUAUGGAAGUGCUGGUGGAGGCAAGUAG